GCGUGCGGGGGGAAGUGGGCGCGCGCGGCGGCCGUUGCGUGCUCGCGGCAGGCGGCAGCUCGGCGGGCAGCGCCGUCGCCAUCGCCAUCAUGUCGCGGGGGUCUAUCGAGAUCCCGCUGCGGGAUACCGAUGAGGUUAUUGAGCUUGACUUCGAUCAGUUACCUGAGGGGGAUGAAGUUAUAAGUAUACUGAAACAGGAACAUACUCAACUGCACAUAUGGAUUGCCUUAGCGCUGGAAUACUACAAACAAGGAAAAACAGAGGACUUUGUGAAGCUCUUGGAAGCUGCACGCAUAGAUGGUAACUUGGACUACAGAGACCAUGAAAAAGAUCAAAUGACAUGUCUGGAUACUCUGGCAGCAUACUAUGUACAGCAGGCUCGAAAGGAAAAGAACAAAGAUAACAAGAAGGAGCUCAUUACACAAGCUACCUUGUUGUAUACUAUGGCUGACAAAAUUAUCAUGUAUGAUCAGAAUCACUUGUUGGGAAGAGCCUGUUUCUGCCUUCUAGAAGGUGAUAAGAUGGACCAAGCUGAUGCACAGUUCCAUUUUGUGCUCAACCAAUCUCCAAAUAAUAUUCCAGCCCUUCUCGGUAAAGCAUGCAUUUCCUUCAACAAGAAAGAUUACAGAGGAGCCCUUGCCUACUAUAAGAAAGCACUGCGCACCAAUCCGGGAUGUCCAGCUGAGGUUCGAUUAGGUAUGGGCCACUGCUUCGUGAAACUGAACAAGUUGGAAAAAGCUCGCUUGGCGUUCAGCAGGGCUCUGGAGCUAAAUUCAAAAUGCGUAGGGGCUUUGGUUGGACUGGCUGUUCUGGAACUCAAUAAUAAAGAGGCUGAUUCCAUCAAGAAUGGUGUCCAGCUCCUUUCUAGGGCUUAUACGAUUGAUCCCAGUAAUCCAAUGGUGCUGAAUCACUUGGCUAAUCACUUCUUCUUCAAGAAGGAUUAUGGUAAAGUCCAACACUUGGCUCUUCAUGCUUUCCAUAAUACAGAAGUUGAAGCAAUGCAGGCAGAGAGUUGUUACCAACUGGCUAGGUCUUUUCAUGUACAGGAGGAUUAUGAUCAAGCUUUCCAAUAUUAUUAUCAGGCUACUCAAUUUGCCUCAUCCUCUUUUGUACUUCCAUUUUUUGGAUUGGGUCAAAUGUAUAUUUAUCGAGGGGACAAAGAGAAUGCAUCGCAAUGCUUUGAAAAAGUUUUGAAAGCCUAUCCUAAUAAUUAUGAGACUAUGAAAAUCCUUGGAUCUCUUUAUGCAGCUUCAGAAGACCAGGAGAAACGGGAUAUUGCAAAGGGUCAUUUGAAGAAAGUGACAGAACAAUAUCCAGAUGAUGUGGAAGCAUGGAUUGAACUAGCACAAAUUCUAGAACAGACUGAUAUACAGGGUGCACUGUCAGCCUAUGGAACAGCCACACGCAUUCUACAAGAGAAAGUGCAGGCUGAUGUCCCACCUGAGAUUCUGAAUAAUGUGGGUGCUCUGCACUUCAGACUCGGAAACCUAGGAGAAGCCAAGAAAUAUUUUUUGGCAUCACUGGAUCGUGCAAAAGCAGAAGCUGAACAUGAUGAGCAUUAUUACAAUGCUAUCUCUGUAACAACGUCCUAUAACCUUGCCAGACUGUAUGAGGCGAUGUGUGAAUUUCAUGAAGCGGAAAAGCUGUAUAAAAACAUUUUAAGAGAACAUCCUAAUUACGUUGAUUGCUACUUGCGCUUGGGAGCUAUGGCUAGAGAUAAAGGAAAUUUUUAUGAGGCUUCUGAUUGGUUUAAAGAAGCACUUCAGAUAAAUCAGGACCAUCCAGAUGCUUGGUCUCUAAUUGGUAAUCUUCAUUUGGCUAAACAAGAGUGGGGGCCAGGACAGAAGAAAUUUGAAAGAAUAUUGAAACAACCUUCCACACAAAAUGAUACUUAUUCCAUGCUGGCUCUUGGCAAUGUCUGGUUGCAGACUCUGCAUCAACCCACAAGGGACAGAGAAAAGGAAAAGCGCCAUCAGGACCGUGCAUUAGCAAUCUACAAGCAAGUACUCAGAAAUGAUCCAAAGAAUUUAUAUGCUGCCAAUGGCAUAGGAGCUGUCUUGGCGCAUAAAGGAUAUUUCCGUGAAGCUCGUGAUGUUUUUGCCCAAGUGAGAGAGGCAACGGCAGAUAUCAGUGAUGUGUGGCUGAAUCUGGCACAUAUCUAUGUAGAACAGAAACAGUACAUCAGUGCUGUGCAGAUGUAUGAAAACUGCCUCAGAAAGUUCUAUAAGCAUCAAAACACAGAAGUGCUGUUGUAUUUGGCCCGGGCCCUCUUCAAAUGUGGAAAAUUACAGGAAUGCAAACAAACUUUGUUGAAGGCCAGACAUGUAGCGCCAAGUGAUACAGUCCUCAUGUUUAAUGUGGCUUUAGUGCUGCAAAGACUAGCUACCUCUGUCCUGAAAGAUGAAAAAAGUAAUCUAAAGGAGGUUCUUAAUGCUGUGAAAGAACUGGAGUUAGCUCACAGGUACUUCAGUUAUCUAAGUAAAGUAGGUGAUAAAAUGAGAUUUGAUUUAGCGCUUGCUGCUACGGAAGCCAGGCAAUGUUCUGACUUACUGAGCCAAGCCCAGUAUCAUGUGGCUCGGGCACGCAAACAGGAUGAAGAAGAGAGAGAACUGCGUGCCAAGCAAGAGCAAGAAAAGGAGCUGCUUCGCCAAAAACUACUUAAAGAGCAGGAGGAGAAGCGCCUAAGAGAAAAAGAAGAACAGAAGAAACUUCUGGAACAAAGAGCUCAAUAUGUGGAGAAGACGAAGAAUAUUCUGAUGUUCACUGGCGAAGUAGAAGGAUCAAAGGAGAAAAAACGUGGUGGUGGUGGAGGAAGGCGUUCCAAAAAAGGAGCAGGGGAAUUCGAUGAGUUUGUCAAUGAUGACAGCGAUGAAGAUCUACCCAUGUCUCGAAAGAAAAAGAAGAGGAAGGGCAGUGGUAGUGAACAAGAUGGGGAAGAAGAGGAAGGAGAGAGAAAGAAGAAGAAGAGGAGAAGACCUCAGAAAGCGGAUGAGGGGAGUGAUGAUGAAGAACAUGAAAACGGUCCAAGACCAAAAAAACGACGUCCACCGAAAGCAGAGAAGAAAAAGGCUCCCAAGCCAGAGCGUCUGCCUCCUUCAAUGAAAGGAAAAAUCAAAUCAAAAGCCAUAAUUUCAUCGAGUGAUGAUUCUUCUGAUGAGGAUAAACUCAAAAUUGCUGAUGAAGGACAUGCCAGGAUUAGCAACAGUGAUUCAGAAGAUGGGGAACAGCAACACAGCAAACGCAUUGUUUCUGACAGUGAUUCUGAUAACAGAAACAAAUCCAGUAGUGAGCCAGGUAGCCCGAGAAGGUCCAGCGUCCACCCGUCCGAUGAAGAUUCUGACAGUGACAGGUCAGCCAGAAAAAGGAGGCGGUCAGAUUCGGAACAGUCUGACAAUGAGUCUGUGCAGUCAGGGAGAAGCCGUUCUGGUGGUUCAGAAAAUGAAUCUCGCCCAGCUUCUCGCAGUGCUGACUCGGACAGGGAUUCUGAGAGAGGAUCUGACAAUGAGGGUUCUGGUAGGGGAUCUGGCAAUGAGUCUGAACCAGAAGGAUCCAACAAUGAUGGGUCCGAAGGUGGCUCAGAUGACAGUGAUUAGAUCUAAAUCACAGACCAUCUUUUUAAAGUGUUCAUGUAAAUAUAUUUCAGUUAUAGGGAAAAUCCAACUUUUAUAUUUGAAAACUGUGAUUUAAAAAAAUUAAUGUUUUAGUAAACUGUUGUGAAACCUUCUUCCAGUGAUUCUUUCUAUCAGUAAUUAAUGGAUAUUUCUAAGUUGGCUUAUGGUGUAGUCUUAAAUUGAAACCGUUGUAGAUGAAGAACAGAAACCCUAUACUAUAAUCAGCAUACCAAGGAUAGAAUGCAUGUAAAAACUAUGGAACAUUAUAUCUUUGUUUAGAUGGUGCCAGUAUGGCUAAAAUUUGUGUGUUCUGUGUUUAUACAUGCAAAAAAAAGCAUAGGUAGAUCUUCAAAAAUGUGUUACCAGAUGGUACAAAUAUCUUUGAGUAUUUAUAUUCUGAAUAAAGAUCAGUAGGGAGGGUUUUUUUUCUAUUAAAGAAUAGAUUUACCAUGAUACACAACUCCUUAUGUUUUCAAGACUUUGUUCUUUUUCCUCUGUUCUAGUGCUAAAUCAGGUAAGAAGAUGCAAAUAUUAAAGAAAUUUUUAAAGUAACAAACAAUACAGAUGUAAAUAAAAUAUUUAAAUUGGCAGGUAAAAAAAAUGUAGAGAACUUGAUAUUACUUGAUAAAGCUGCCAAUGUCGCAAUAAACUAUUACCACUCAUU